AUGCUCUUCCUCCGCUCUCUACCCCGGCGCACUGGGCCCAUCCGGUUGGGUCUCUCUCGCAAUGCUCCUCGCCGCACCAUGAUCCCUGCCCCUGGUCCGAACACGGGCCCAUUGAUGGAACGACGGGCAGACCGAGAGCUCCCCAACAUCCAAAAUAGCCGCCGUUGGAUGCGAACAUUCCCCUUCUUCGCCGUAGCAGUGGGUGCUGCCAUGCUUGGUAUCUUCAAUUACCAGAAAUCCUCGUCGAGUGUCGUCAGCAGCACACUAUACGCAUUGCGGACAUCUCCCCAGGCCCGCGAGAUCUUGGGUGACGAGAUCUACUUUGCUCAGCAGAUCCCGUGGAUCAGUGGAGAAAUGAAUCAAUUACAUGGGCGCAUUGAUAUCUCGUUCUGGGUGAAGGGCACCAAGACUCAGGGCAAGAUGAGGUUUAGAAGUAUCCGGCCGGACCGGAUGAGUUACUUCCGCACCGAGGAAUGGAGUCUGGAGACCGAAGAUGGAACCGUGGUGCAGUUGCUGGAUAGCGACACUGAUCCCUUCCGUCAAGAGUGA